AUGCUGUUGCAUCCCACCGUGUCAGGAUUGUGCGCCAUGUUGCAGACCAUCUAUGAGACUGAGUCCUGUUUUUCCUCCACCAGCACAGACAGCCAUCAUCAGCCUCUGGAGCUCCUGAGCGGCAACAGGGGCUCCAGCGCUGCCAUGCCCACCGCUGUAGUGGAGGUGAAGAGCAGCCUCCCAUCAGGCAUGCAGAGCCCAGUAGGAACAGCAAGCGAGCAGAGAGGAGGAGGAGGAAGUGGUGGAGAAGGUGGUGGGAGUCCAGGUGAAGGUCCAGGAGGAGGAGGAGGAGGCCCAGUGGACCUGCGAACAGAGCCCAGGGUGGGGUCUCUGUCUGGUGGUGCAGUGGUGGACACAUCCCUUAGAGAACAGCAGCUUCAGCAGGAACUCAUUCUACUCAAACAGCAGCAGGAACUCCAGAAACAGCUGCUGUUUGCAGAGUUUCAGAAAAAACACGAAGUGCUAACAAGACAACAUGAAGUCCAGCUACAGGAACAUUUAAAGCAACAACAGGAGCUGCUGGCAGCCAAACGGCAGCAGGAGCUGGAGCAGAAAAGGAAGCUGGAGCAGCAAAGACACGAAGAGCAGGAGAAACAGCGACUGGAGCAACAACUACUGCUGCUGAGGAACAAGGAGAAAGGCAAAGAGAGUGCCAUUGCCAGCACAGAGGUGAAGCUGAAGCUGCAGGAGUUCCUUCUCAGUAAGAAAGAGCCUGGUUCCGGCGGACUAAACCAUUCCUUCUCUCCUAAGUGCUGGGGAGCCCAGCACACCUCCCUGGAGCAGAGCUCUCCUCCACAGAGUAACACUCCAGGGACUCCUCCUUCCUAUAAACUGCCCCCUCUCCUGGGGAACUAUGAGGGCAAAGACGACUUCCCGCUCCGCAAGACGGUCUCAGAGCCUAACCUGAAGGUUCGUUCACGCUUGAAGCAAAAGGUAGCAGAGAGGCGGAGCUCUCCACUCCUCCGCAGGAAGGACGGAACUGUCAUCAGCACCUUCAAGAAGAGAGCCAUAGAGAUAUCAGUUUCCUCUCUCUGUAACAGCGCUCCGGGGUCAGGUCCCAGCAGUCCCAACAGUUCCAAUACAGCUAUUGCCAACGGCAAUACCGGAUCAGUCCCCAACAUACAGACUGAGCUGAGGUCUCUCCAUCAGACGCUGGGGGCUGAUGGGACAUUGAGUCCUCUGAGUCUCUACACCUCACCCUCUCUGCCGAAUAUCUCACUGGGCCUCCCUGCCAACACACACAUCACGCCCUCCCAGAAGCUGUCUGCCCAGCAAGAGGCUGAGCGUCAAGCCAUCCAGUCGCUGCGGGGGGGUGGAGCUCUAACAGGAAAGUUUCUCUCCACAUCCUCCCUUCCAGCAGGUGUGGGGCAUGAUGUGGAGACUCCGCCCCCUAGCUCUCAUUCAGCUCAUUCCUCGUUAUUACAGCAUGUACUCCUGCUGGAGCAGGCGAGACAACAGACCGCUAUGCUAGUGCCCAUGUACAGCCAGUCGCCGCUGGUUACGGCAGAGAGAGGUGUGUCGAGUGGCAUGCGGGCCGUCAACAAGCUGCCUCGCCACCGUCCGUUGGCUCGUACACAGAGCGCACCUUUACCCCAGUCCCCCCAGGCCCUGCAGCAGCUGGUGGUUCAACAGCAACAUCAGCACUUCCUGGAGAAGCAUUACAAGAUGCUAUCGAAGGGGGCAGAGCUUCCUAGGCCACCACCCACUCACCCAGAGGAAAUAGAGGAGGAGCUUACAGAGACCAAUGACAUGCAGGAGGAGGAUGAAGGGGUGGGCCUUCACAGGCUUCAGAAAGAGGGGUCUGAUGACAGCACACCUCCAUCUGAGCGUCUCUGUGUGCACGUGAAGAGUGAGGAGGAGCGCGGGAGCAUGCACGUCAAGGGGGAGAGUACAGAGAGCGAGCUGGAAGAAGAGGACGAGGAUGAAGAUGUCAUUCAGCUGAGGGAGGGCGACGAAGAGGAGAGGGGGGGCUACACUCAGGCUUUGCAGCAGCUGGGCGUGUUCCAGUCCUCGUUGCCCCACAGACCCCUGGGUAGAGCGCAGUCCUCUCCUGCAGCCGCUGUCAAUCCCAUCAAGCACCUCUUCACUACUGGGCUUGUAUAUGACAGUCUGAUGCUGAAGCAUCAGUGUGUGUGCGGGAACGCUCACAUCCACCCAGAGCAUGCUGGGAGAGUGCAGAGCAUCUGGUCCAGACUGCAGGAGACGGGUCUGCUUGGCCGCUGCGAGAGGAUUCGUGGGCGUAAAGCUUCUCUGGAUGAGAUCCAGUCCGUCCAUUCAGAGUUCCACACUCUGCUGUAUGGAACCAGUCCGCUCAAUCGGCACAAACUGGACCACAAGAAGCUGCUCGGUCCAAUCAGCCAGAAGAUGUACGCCGUUCUUCCCUGUGGAGGAAUAGGGGUCGACAGUGACACAGUGUGGAAUGAGAUGCACUCAUCAGCUGCAGUGCGCAUGGCGGUGGGCUCGGUUAUUGAGCUGGCCUUCAGAGUGGCUGCAGGGGAGUUAAAGAAUGGCUUUGCUGUCGUUCGUCCCCCGGGGCACCACGCUGAGGAAUCCACAGCCAUGGGCUUUUGUUUCUUCAACUCAGUCGCCAUUACUGCCAAGCUAUUGCAGCAGAAACUUGGAGUGGGCAAGAUCCUCAUUGUGGACUGGGACAUUCACCAUGGCAACGGCACCCAGCAGGCCUUCUACAGUGACCCCAACGUCCUCUACAUUUCCCUCCAUCGCUACGAUGACGGAAACUUCUUUCCUGGCAGCGGAGCUCCUGAGGAGGUGGGAUCAGGUGCAGGUGUUGGUUUUAAUGUGAACAUAGCCUGGACCGGAGGAGUAGAUCCCCCUAUGGGUGAUGUGGAGUACCUCACUGCCUUCAGGGCUGUGGUGAUGCCCAUCGCCCAACAGUUCAGUCCAGAUGUGGUCCUGGUGUCGGCAGGCUUCGAUGCAGUGGAGGGUCAUCAGUCUCCUUUGGGAGGCUACAAUGUUUCUGCCAAGUGUUUCGGUCAGCUAACGCAGCUGCUCAUGGGUCUGGCGGGUGGGCGGGUUGUUAUGGCGCUGGAAGGCGGUCAUGACCUCACCGCUAUCUGUGAUGCAUCGGAGUCCUGUGUCUCUGCGCUCCUGGGAGACCCGUGUGACUCUGUGUUCCAGUGGCCUCAGGAGAAGCCAUGUCCAAAAGCCUGCGCCUCACUGGAGAGAGUAAUAGAGAUCCAGAGUAAACACUGGUCCUGUCUCCAGAGUUUGUCUCAGACCAGCGGACACUCGCUACUGGAUGGCCCUCUGGGGGCUCAAGGCCAGUCAGAAAAAGACGAAGCAGAAACGGUCAGCGCCAUGGCCUCCCUGAGCGUUGAUGUUGAGCAGCCAGGCUCUGUUCCUGAUAACACAGAAACCAGCAGGUCCACAGAGGAACCAAUGGAAGAGGAGCCCGUGUUGUAGAAGGAGCUUAAACAAGAAGCACACCAAACUUCCACUUCCACCUCCUUCUAGCACCUCUCUUUCUCUUCCUUUUCCUCUUCCUCCAUGGAGUGUGCAUUGGUAAACACACACACACACAGUGGAAUUGUGCUGUUGUGGAGGACUCCACUUGUCUAAGGAGAACGUAAUGGAGGAGAAGCGGUGUCGCGUGAAAACAUGGAUGCACCUCUUUCUCUACUGUUUCAUCCAUAAGAGGGGGAGCAGACGCCUUGUUAGCACCUCCGUGGGGUUCAGCAGAGGGGGAGCGUGGGCAAGGAUACACAUCAUGUACCCUUGUAUAUUUGACUACCUGUACACAGCACCACUGAAAUGUACUCUCCCACCCUCCGAUCAUUCUCGUGUCUUUUUAUUCCAUCCCUGCUCCUCCGUUUCCGCUGAGGGAUGACGACUGUGGAAAAACUUGAACUUGAAUCUUAAAUGUCAGACACCGAGUGGACGACUGGUCUGCUUGCGUGUGUCGAGCGCAGGAGGGGGAGUAAGCGAUUUUAAUAUGAGCAGAGGAGGAGGAGGAACUAGGUGCCUUUUUUUCUGUCCACAAAAAAAAACAAAACUAAGUCCAGAAAACACAAACCACCACCGCAGCACCUCAGUAAAGCAACCAGCCGAUCGGGACUGAAGAAGCACACUUUUAAACACACACAGACACACUGUUGUUGUUCCAGUUGGUCACUUCAUCUUUGAGUCUUUGUUUCUUCAUCUGGAUGCCUUAGUUUUUCCUAAUCUCACUAUUUAGCAGCCUUUAGAGCGAUGGAGAGAGAGAAUAAUGAGUUUAUGUAAAUAUUUACUCUGCUUACUACCUAAAUACUUUCUUUAAUAUCCGGCUAUAUUCCAAAAGACUCUUUUUUUUUUUUUUUUUUUUUCUUUUGAGGGAGAAAAACUCUCUAAAGCCAUCAUCACACACUAGAACUCUCCAGUAAAAAUCUCAGUUGAAUAUUAGUAGUAAAAUAAAAAUAAUAUUCAAUCAGACUUUUAUGGAAUCUGGUGGAAACAUCUCAGGAUCAGAUCAGCUUUAGCAGGAUUCAUGGAGCUAAUGAAACUGCAGCACCCAUCAGUCCUCUCUCUCCCUCUCUCUGUCCUCAUCAUUUGUGUCAUGUGACCUAAACCCUGCAUCUUCUUCUGCUUUUGAAACACCACAACGACCAUCGCAUCCCACUUUUUUUUUUUUAUUUUAAUAUUUCCUGUUUGGUGUAAAUAGUGUCUCCUGUCCUGUUGGCCAUGGUUACAUCACAGCAGAUUCGGUGUGGUCACUUUUCUAUAUCUGUACAUACACACAUGUAUAAAACCACAAAAGACUUUCUCUUUUUGUAUAAAAAAAGCAAAAAUAAUAUUCUAUAUAAAUAUAUAUAUGUAAACAGUGUUUUAUCCAAUCAGAUUGGAUUUCUGAAUAUAUUCUAUUUGAAGAUUUGAUGUUUGGAAAGGUUUGGUUGUUUGGCAGGAAGUAAGCACACGGUCUGAUGUGAUCAGACCACAACCUGUUUGUUUGUUUGUUUACAGAUGCUCAGGAUGGCUGAAUGUUGUUGUUGUUGUUGGGGGGGAUCAGCGAGCUCCAGUUCAGGACCAGUGCUGCCCUCCUCAGGCAAACAGCAGCAACUACAGAAAGGUGAUAUUAAGUUCAAAGGUCAUGACUGAGUGAAAUAGGUUGGUCCAGUGAUGAUUUGUUUUUGUAGUCCAAAUUGAGUGUUGUUGUGGAGGCUCCUCCAUAGCUUAUAUCAUUCAUUAUACAUAUCACAUGAUGGUACCAAAUCAUGAGCCCUGUAAGUUCAGAUACAUCCGUCACUGAGUCAUUAACUCUACAGCGAUGGUCACUGAAUGGAUCGUGAAAUGAGGAACAGCACAAGUGUUGAAAACAACCUCACUGCGUGGCGGUCAGACUUCUUGAAGCAUCAUGAAACUCACUGCCAUCUGUUUCCUACAGUUUAGGAGGUUUCAGGUCAGAGCAGCAGGCUAACCGGAGAUGCCGAGACUUUUCCUCCCCUCAGCCGCGUCAUCCAGCUCUUCUGGGGUGGUGCAGGGUUUUCCCCACAUUUAGUUGGAUAAGCCCAAAACACCUCACCCAGAAAGCAUAACCACCAGGGGCUUGCAUGGGUGGAGUUAUUUUGUUGCUCCUUGUAGGGUCUGACAAGGUGAACUGGUCCUCCUGGGUGAGGAGCCAGACUAAGUGCAAUCAGGGAUCAAGGACAUCAGGGUUUAGCUUAGCCCACUCUCAAACUAUAUAAAAUCGCGGUGAAGUAAGUCAUAGUAAGUAGUUGAUUCUGUCAAAUGGAGUUUGUGCAUGUUCAUAUAGGGCUGUUAGCACUAACAGUUCUAGAGGUGUCUGUUUCUAAUAGGAGCAAAUCUAAUUCUGCUGUAGCCAGAGCCAGGAAGGAAGGUGGUGGUGGUGGUGUCACUGAUCCAUGCCACUGCUGCAUCAUUAGGUCACAGGGAGAUCUGAGCAGAGCUACAACUUCCUGUUGGAUUCAUUCUAUGUAUUGUUGUAUUCUCAUGUCAAGAUUUCCCAUUUCAGGCCUGUACUUUUUCAUGAGACACCUGUGUUCAGUCUUCAGGUGUAACUUUGUAAACCUUGUUGCCUCUUUCUUUCUAAGAGACGAGGCUUUCUCCUUUCAGACCUUCCAACCAAGAUGUUAUUCUCCAGUUUUGUUUUUCUGUCGUGAGCUUUAACAGUUAACAUGUGAACUGAGGCCUGAAGCAUGAUUUCAUAGUCUAGUGGUUAAUACAUUUACAUACCUGGACUGUGAAGAGCCUGUUUUGCUGUGGGAGGAUGGGGGUGGAGUCUGGGGUUGGAUCUGUGCAGUUUGGCUCAGUCUGACCUUGAGGUGAUUCUGAGGUUGUAUUCGCUUUGCUUUAAAAUCUAUUAUUUUUAUUACAUCCUGGUUUGUAAAUCAUUAGAAUUGAAAUUCUUAUUACCAGGACUGUAAAUCACGGUGAUAGACAUCAAGCAGACUGAGUGUAGUGAGGCAGUUUUAACACAGAUUUCAGUUCCAUUCAGUGACAGUGACCGAGGACGCCUAGUAUCAUGUUCCCGGAUCAAUGCCAGCUACCCACUGGUUGCAGUAGAGUAGUGAGAAAGUGCUUUGCUACAUGAUAUAAUCCUCAAAAAUCAUCAUUGCCCAGCAGGUCAAAAAUAUAACUCAAGAUUAGCCUGAAGGUAACAGAGUGCAAACAUCCAGUUUGAACAGGAGUGUUUAAAAAGCUGCAGCUGGAUCUGUUAAAUCUCUGAUGGUACUAAUUGUAAAUGUGUGCAUUUAAAAACACUCACUGGUAAAAUGCUGACACUGGGGGGGGGGUUACAUUUUGAGAGGGUAAUUAAAAAAGUCUUACAGACGUGGACAGAAUUGUUGGAACCCUUCUGUUAAAGAAAGAAAACCCACAAACGGAAAUAACUUGAAAACUGACAAAAGUAAUAAUUAACUGUAAAGUCAAAAGUAAUGAUAAUAAAUAAAUGAUAAAUAAAAACUGACUGAAAAUUAAUUAAUGAAAAUCAGACAUUUUGAAUUGUGGUUCAGAAUUAUUUUAAAAAACUGGCCUGUAUAAAUAUGACGGUACGACUGAAAGUAAGCUGACCGCAGGGACGCGGUAAACUGAGGUGUGUCCUGUAAUCAGCAUCACAGGUGUCGUCUAACCUGUAAUCAGUCAGUCUGCCUGCUGUUUGGAAUCACAGUGUGUACCACACUGAACAUGCAGCACAGAAAGCUGAGCAGAGAGCCGUCUCUGGAGAUGAGAAAGACAAUUGUAAAAUUCUCUUAUCAAUAUCAACAUAAAAUGCAUAUUGAUAAGCCACAGAGCUUCUGGGAGAACGUUCUGGAGCUUGUUGGCAAAUCACAUCAGCAUCAGAUCAGGACACUGUAGCUACUGUGGAGCACGGAGGAGGCUCGGUCAUGUUCUGGAGCUGCUUUGCUGCAUCUGUGUGUCUUGAGUCUGUGCAGGUACAACAAAAUCUCAAGACUGCUGCGGGAUUCUGGAGUGAAACGUGCUGCCUGGUGUCAGAGGUCCUCCAGCGGGAUAAUGACCACCAUUUUUGUCCCGGUCACUUUGAUUAAUUUGUUUUUAAAAUAAUUCUGUUGAACCGCAGUUGAAUUGAACUUUUCGUUACCUCGCCCACAGGUUAUGUUUUUGGUCGGGUGUAUCUGUCUGUCUGUCAGCAGAAUAAAAUUAUGAGCGGAUUUCUGUGAAAAUUUCUGGAGUUGGGGUCAGUACAAGGAACGAUGAAUUUUUCCUUAAUUAACUUUUGUAGCGUAGUAUCAGCACAUAUAAAAUUUGGGGUGGGUGAGGUAUGGGCUCUAGUUUCUUAUUACUUUUGUCAGUUUCAGUGACCAUUGUGGUUUUUUUCUUUAAUGUAACAGUUCCGACUAUUUUGUCCACGUCUGUGUAAUAAAUCUUUAAUAAACCAGUGCAGCUAAACUUGAACACUCAUGAAAUGAGUGAUUGGAUGAUCGGGGAUGUUGAAGUUUGUUCGGUCUCACAAAACUCCACUGUUGGAGACCGUAGUUCAAACCUGCUGACUGUCAUAAGGCGUGGCUCUGCUUGGCUACCACCUUCACUUUCUGACCAAUCACACGUUGCUCUGCUCUGCUUCAGAACUGGACCAGCCUAUUAUCAGCACCUAUUGAAACUCAACUCAGAAACACUAUACUGGGACGUCAGGAGACUAACUCUGAUUGACGUAAUCAUCAGCCUCACUUCAUUUCCCAGGACCCUUUGCGGUGUUGUAGCCGACGCUGCUACCUCUGGGUCUCAUCCGUUCAAAGCAAUACCGCAGUGACGGGAACAGAGAGCGAGAAGGCCGCAGUAACACGUGAUUUGAGGAACUCCCUAUACCUUUUUACACAGUGUGGUUGAGUACUCUUAGUGUAUAUUAUCUGUCAGGUGGAAUGGAGAGACAGUAUUGAUUGAUUGAUUUAUUGACCUGUGUUUCCAGGUGGAUUAGUGUAGUCUUUUUGUACUAUUGUAAACACUAAGGGCAUUUUGUCCAUUUAACGUGCAGUCAGUAACAGCAGCGCCUUGUGUUGGGUUCAUGGGAGCCGUAGACUGAGCGAGGGAGCCGGGCAGAUCAGGUCAGGUCAUUUCAAAGACCCAUUGAACACCACGGUGCUGCACGAUGUCAACUUCUGAGCUUGGCUGGAGUUCAUGCAAGUGGGAGGAGCAAGCAGCAAUUAACACAGGGAUUGGUUCAGCUGAAAAUACCUUAACCUUUCUAAAAUGACCACCAACAAGUAAAGACUUUAUUUACAUGAGCAGCAUCUUGUGGUCAUUAUGGCAACUGCAGCCUAAACUAUUAAACCACUGCAGAAGAAGACAGCUCAGUGGAAAAGGUGGUGUAAUUAAACAGAAAUACUCUGCUUUUUGUUUUGGCUUCGUGUAAUCAUUGGAAAAAUGUUAGUUUCUUCAACAGUCGACCUGUAUCUCUUAUUUUCAUCUGGUGCUCUUUAGAAUCACUUUGGUUUCAGCCUGUUUACAUUUUGCUUUUACAGUUUUCUACAAUAAUCUGUUAUUUUUCCUUUUGAGAUGAAAGAUUUCCCACUUUUUUUUAAAAAAAAAACUAUUAUCAUUUACAGGCAAACAAAUGAAGACAAAGCAGGGAAUGGAAAUAAUCAGAUACUGUUUUUUUUUUUUUUUUUAAAGGAUUUCAAGCCAAAAUAAGUUUGGAUAUUACUGAGUCAUUUGAUUGGGAAGUAAAAUCUCGAGGAUGCACAAAAUGUUUCCAGUUUUCCUAUUGGAACUGCAUUUACAGCUACAUGGAAAUAAGUCCGAAUUCAACAGGACAUUCCUGCUUUCACAAAGAGGAAAAAAUAGAAACGUUCUUGACUACGAGAAAAGAGUUCCUGGACUUACUUGAUUUACUGCAGUAAAUUUAAUCUUGAAUAUGAAUUUAAGUAUUUUAGAGACAUUUAAAAAAAAAUAAUAAUAAUGUGGAAUUCAGUUUUCAUCAGGUCAGGUCAGACUUAUUUUGUGGCUUUAAAGAGCUUCCACAAUAAAAAUAAAGGUUUAAAAAGGUUAAAAAAAACAUAUCAUUUGAGAUAUUCAGGUGUGCUUCAUCUCUCCAACUCUGAUCAAGAAACUUCUUGAGCAAAACUGAAUUACCAAGCAGGCAAAAAUCGGCACUGGCUCCCCGCAGCAAAAACAGAAGCUGCGUGAUGCUUUCGCUGUUAGUGUCACACCUCCGAAUAACAACAAACCUUUAAGACUUUCUUCAAGCAUGUGGUUCAUUUUAAAAAAUACCCAACUUCCAUAUUAGCAAUGCUGCUGCCUUCCAGGAUCCAAACAGUUGCUUUAGUGAGUUCCUCUGUGUUACCACAGUGAACAAUUCAGUUUUAUUUAUAUAGCACCAAAUCACAGCAGUCGCCUCAAGGCACUUUAUAUUGUAGGUAAAGACCCUACAGUAAUUACAGAGAAAACCCAACAGUCAAAGCGACCCCCUAUG